UGUCUUUGGAGAAUUUCUCGGGUUUGGGCCAAAGACACAUACCCAGGUCCAGUGGAAGUGACUGUGAACCAGGCUAUUCCAUAGUUGAAGCAAGCUGCUUAUAGAGAGAAAAGAGGAGCUUCUUCCCUCCCGGUUCUGUGGCUUUAGACAACCACUGGCUGAGCUCAGCAAUACUUAGGAACUCACUUUGUUGGGGAGAAGAAAGGUCACUUUGGAGCUCAAAGCAGCCAGAGGGCCCUAGUUGAAACUGUUGGAACUGCAGACCAAUUCCUCUCACCCUGUCUUUGGACUUUACAAAGCAAGAAAUUUUCUCAGGAGACAGGCCCUGCCAUUAAAGCAUCCACGGAUGUGCUGGACUUUACCACUGUUAGCAGUGGUGGGCCUGCUGUGGAAACAGAGUCCCAAGGCCCAGAUGACUAUACAUCUAUUUCUCCAUGGACUUUAUGUCUGCAAAUCUAGCAAGAAGGAAGUCUCAAGAACUACUUACAGCAAAUCCUCUCUACUUCUAGUCCUGAUGACACCCAGCCAUACCCAUCUUUUGCUGGAACUGCAAAAACAAUCUAAGAGCCCAUACAAUCUAGUUUAGAGGCUAUUUCUAUUUCCAGAGAAUUGCUGAGGGUAUGCUUUAAAAAGUUCUUUGGUUUGGGGCGGGGGGCAUUUUUUUGGCUGCACUGGUAUUUAGUCGCAGCAUGUGAACUCUUAGUUGCAGUAUGUGGAAUCUAGUUCCCUGACCAGGGAUGGAACCUGGACCCCUGCAUUGGGAGCACUGAGCCACUGGACCACCAGGGAAGUUCCCUAGGGUACACUUUCUUUAUCUAUAACAGGACCCUCUUCUCUAUGACAGGGAGGAACAAAGUGCUAUGCACAUAUGCUGUUUUUACCAUGCAGUCACUACCUGGCCAACAGCAUCACACAUGUAUUAGUUCCUCCAAGGCAUUUUGCUGGAUGAGCACCCACUAGGUGUUCACCCCCUCGGCCUAAAAUUCCCCCUUCCCCAGAACUGAGGAGAGAUCUCCCGGGAGAUUGUGUUAGUUGACUCAAGUUUUCAAGAAGCAGUUUGGCAAUAUGUAGCAAGAGCCAUAAAAAUGUUCAUACUUUUUGACCCAACACACUUCUGGGAAUCUGUCCUAAGGACAUUUUCCAAAUGAUUGAUACAGAGAUUAUGUAGUAAUAUGAAAUGUUUAUGAUGUAAUCAUAAACAAAUUGGAAGAAUUGACCAAGAUAUUGGCCAGAGAUAAUAGUAGUUGUGUUACAGUAAUGCAUUUAUUGGAGAUUCUUUUUAUCUUUCUCAAACUUUACAUGCUGGUAUAUUGAUUUUACCCUCCUCUGCCAUUCAGGGUUAGUCAGUCCGGAACCUGCAGAAACAGCAUGCUCAGAGGCCAGAUAGUUGAUGAAAGUUUAAUAAAGGGACUAUUUUCUGUUUCCAAGUCAUUUCCAAGACUAGUUUCUGCAACUCUCAAAUGACUCAUUCAACAAUUAUUGAACACCCACUUAUUUCUAGUGAGGCAGGCAGACUUUCAAGUACAUAAAUUGUAUCAAAUGCAAUAAUAUAUAAAUUAAGUGUUACAAGGAGCACAAAGAAAGAUGUGCUUUCUGUUAGGAGGGUGGUGUGAAUCAAGAAAGGCUUCAAAGGGACAUGGUUAACAUCUCAGUUUCAGGGUUUUUUUGUUUUGGUUUUUGGUUUUGGAGGUUGGCCACACCACUCGAGCCUGUUCCCCCACUAGGGACUGAACCCCGUUACUUUGGCAGUGAAAGCGCAAAGGCCUAAUCACUGGACUGCCAGCGAGUUCCCUCAAGUUCAGUUUUGAAGAUGGUCUGCCAAAGCAAAAGGGCCCCAACAUGUACAAAGGCAGAAAUACAUGGCAUAACAUGGUGGGUUUAGGAAAUUCCGUGUAACUCUGCAGGGCUGGAAGGAACACGGGGUGGGUGUGAAGGAACUAUGGGAGAGAAGAUUUUAGAUCCUGCAGGGCCCUAUACUCCACGUGGGCUUUGUGUUUUGGAGCUGUAAUCAGAUUUGCAUUUUAGAGAGAUGACUAUGGCCUCAAUGGAGAGAAGGAACUGAAUGGGGAGAGAAUGCACGCAGAGAACUGUAGAAAUAAGUCUUUGGGUCUUGGCUGGGUCGACACCUCUUAGCACUGAUCUCUCCUGACUUACAUUUGGCCAACGCCUCGCCUCUCCAGGAUCUCCCUCCCUCCUCCUCCCCGAAGGCCCGGCGGACGCGCGGGCGGGGAAGCAAGGCAAAGGGUGGCCCUGCCUGGGUGGUCUCCUGCCCCGCCCCCCCGCGGCGCCGUUGCCUAGCAGCAGAUCCGGCCGCUAGGCUCCGGGUAAUUUGCGGGAGACUCAGCCAAUGGGAGGGCGUAGCCCAAGCCCGCUCCCUUUUUCUGGGACUGCAGAAGCUUCCUCGGCACUGCGGUUCCCGUUCCCGGCUAGUUCCUACACGCGGGACCCACUUCGGCUCCGGCUCUGCGCCCCGAGCCGCACUGCCGCACUCCUCACGCUCGCGGACACCACUGCAUACCCGUACCCGCGUCUUAGCGGCCCCGCUGAAUUCCGACGCGUAGCUCAGCGGUACACCGGACCAGGCCAGUCUAUGGGGGCUCCCAGAUAACGCAGGUUGGGGGCUCCCAUGCCCCCCCAUACCCGCCAGCAUGGCUCGGCCGCCACCUCUCGGGGAGCUGCCCCCGGGCUACACACCCCCAGCUCGACCUGCAACACCCCAGAUCCUAGCUGGGAGCCUGAAGGCUCCGCUCUGGCUCCGUGCUUACUUCCAGGGCCUGCUCUUCUCUUUGGGCUGCGGGAUCCAGAGACACUGUGGCAAAGUGCUCUUCCUGGGACUGUUGGCCUUUGGGGCCCUAGCACUGGGUCUCCGCGUGGCCAUCAUUGAGACAGACCUAGAACAGCUCUGGGUGGAAGUGGGCAGCCGGGUGAGCCAGGAACUGGAAUACACCAAGGAGAAGCUGGGGGAGGAGGCUGCGUAUACCUCCCAGAUGUUGAUACAGACCCCGCGCCAGGAGGGGGAGAACGUCCUCACGCCCGAGGCACUUGACCUCCACCUCCAGGCAGCCCUCACCGCCAGUAAAGUGCAAGUAUCCCUCUAUGGAAAGUCCUGGGAUCUGAACAAAAUCUGCUACAAGUCAGGAGUUCCCCUAAUUGAAAAUGGAAUGAUUGAGCGGAUGAUUGAGAAGCUGUUUCCCUGCGUGAUCCUCACCCCCCUCGACUGCUUCUGGGAGGGAGCCAAACUCCAAGGGGGCUCUGCCUACUUGCCGGGCCGCCCAGACAUCCAGUGGACCAACCUGGACCCAGAGCAGCUGCUUGAGGAGCUGGGCCCCUUUGCCUCCCUUGAGGGCUUCCGGGAGCUGCUAGACAAGGCACAGGUGGGCCAGGCCUACGUGGGUCGGCCCUGUCUGCACCCUGACGACCUCCACUGCCCACCUAGUGCCCCUAACCAUCACAGCAAGCAGGCUCCCAACGUGGCUCAGGAGUUGAGUGGGGGCUGCCAUGGCUUCUCCCACAAGUUUAUGCACUGGCAGGAGGAGCUGCUGCUGGGAGGCAUGGCCAGAGACCCCCAAGGACAGCUGCUGAGGGCAGAGGCCCUGCAGAGCACCUUCCUGCUAAUGAGCCCCCGCCAGCUCUACGAGCACUUCCGAGGUGACUACCAGACGCAUGACAUCGGCUGGAGCGAGGAGCAGGCCGGCACGGUCCUUCAGGCCUGGCAGCGACGCUUUGUGCAGCUGGCCCAGGAGGCCCUGCCCGAGAACGCAUCCCAGCAGAUUCACGCCUUCUCCUCUACCACCCUGGAUGACAUCCUGCACGCCUUCUCUGAAGUCAGCGCUGCUCGCGUGGCGGGGGGCUACCUGCUCAUGCUAGCCUAUGCCUGUGUGACGAUGCUGCGGUGGGACUGUGCUCAGUCCCAGGGUGCAGUGGGCCUCGCUGGUGUGCUGCUGGUGGCCCUGGCAGUGGCCUCGGGCCUGGGGCUCUGUGCCCUGUUGGGCAUCGCCUUCAACGCUGCCACUACCCAGGUGCUGCCUUUCUUGGCACUGGGCAUCGGCGUGGACGACAUAUUCCUGCUGGCACACGCCUUCACAGAGGCUCCACCUGGCACCCCUCUCCAGGAGCGCACGGGGGAGUGUCUGCGGCGCACAGGCACCGGUGUCACACUCACAUCCGUCAACAAUAUGGUCGCCUUCUUCAUGGCCGCCCUAGUCCCCAUCCCUGCACUUCGGGCCUUCUCCUUGCAGGCAGCCAUAGUGGUGGGCUGCAACUUUGCAGCCGUGAUGCUUGUCUUCCCAGCGGUCCUCAGCCUGGACCUGCAGCGGCGCCACUGCCGGCGCCUGGAUGUGCUCUGCUGCUUCUCUAGCCCCUGCUCUGCUCGGGUGAUUCAGAUUCUGCCCCAGGAGCUGGGGAACGGGACGGUACCAGUGGGCGUUGCCCACCUGACUGCCACGGUUCAAGCCUUUGCCCACUGUGAAGCCAGCAGCCAACAUGUGGUCACCAUCUUGCCUCCCCAAGCUCACCUGGUGCCGCCACCUUCUGACCCUUUGGGCUCUGAGCUCUUCAGCCCAGGAGGGUCCACACGGGACCUUCUAGGGCAGGAGGAGGGGACAGGGCAGAAGGCAGCCUGCAAGUCCCUGCCCUGUGCCCGCUGGAAUCUUGCCCAUUUCGCCCGCUCUCAGUUUGCACCCUUGUUGCUCCAGUCCCCCACCAAGCUUAGUCACCUUUCCCCACAGGCUGUAGUACUGGCACUUUUUGGGGCUCUCCUGGGCCUGAGCCUCUAUGGAGCGACCUUGGUGCAGGACGGUCUGGCCCUGACUGAUGUGGUGCCGCGUGGCACCAAGGAGCAUGCCUUCCUGAGCGCCCAGCUCAGGUACUUCUCUCUGUACGAGGUGGCUCUGGUGACACAGGGUGGCUUUGACUACGCCCACUCCCAACGCGCCCUCUUUGAUCUGCACCAGCGCUUCAGUUCCCUCAAGGCCGUGCUGCCCCCACCGGCCACCCAGGCACCCCGCACCUGGCUGCACUACUACCGCAGCUGGCUACAGGGAAUCCAGGCUGCGUUUGACCAGGACUGGGCUUCUGGGCGCAUCACCCGCCACUCAUACCGCAAUGGCUCUGAGGAUGGGGCCCUGGCAUACAAGCUGCUUGUCCAGACCGGGGAUGCCCAGGAGCCUCUAGAUUUCAGCCAGCUGACCACCAAGAAGCUGGUGGACAAGGAAGGGCUGAUCCCACCCGAGCUCUUCUACAUGGGGCUGACCGUGUGGGUGAGCAGUGACCCCCUGGGUCUGGCAGCCUCACAGGCCAACUUCUAUCCCCCACCUCCUGAGUGGCUGCAUGACAAGUACGAUACCACGGGGGAGAAUCUUCGCAUCCCGGCGGCCCAGCCCUUGGAGUUUGCCCAGUUCCCCUUCCUCCUGCGCGGCCUCCAGAAGACUGCAGACUUCGUGGAGGCCAUCGAGGGGGCCCGGGCAGCGUGUGCCGAGGCCGGCCAGGCCGGGGUGCAUGCCUACCCCAGCGGCUCCCCCUUCCUCUUCUGGGAGCAGUACCUGAGCCUGCGGCGCUGCUUCCUGCUGGCGGUCUGCAUCCUGCUGCUGUGUACUUUCCUCGUCUGUGCCCUGCUGCUGCUCAACCCCUGGACGGCUGCGCUCAUAGUACUGGUCCUGGCGAUGAUGACUGUGGAGCUCUUUGGCAUCAUGGGUUUCCUGGGCAUCAAGCUGAGUGCCAUCCCGGUGGUGAUUCUUGUGGCCUCCAUAGGCAUCGGUGUCGAGUUCACCGUCCACGUGGCUCUGGGCUUCCUGACCGCUCAGGGUAGCCGGAACCUGCGGGCUGCCCGGGCCCUGGAGCGCACAUUUGCCCCAGUGACCGAUGGGGCCAUCUCCACGUUGCUAGGUCUGCUCAUGCUUGCUGGCUCCAACUUUGACUUCAUCGUAAGGUACUUCUUUGUGGUGCUGACAAUACUUACACUCCUGGGCCUCCUCCACGGGCUCGUGCUGCUGCCGGUACUGCUGUCCAUCCUGGGCCCCCCACCAGAGCCUCUGAGGAGCCUACUUGGUCACCUGCUGCCACACCAGCUGCCAAUGGCCCCAGCAACCUCGGGUCUAGGGGACUGUGUCCAGCCACGGGGUGAAAGAGCAGCCAAAGCAUGGAGAUCCCAUUCAGGCCACAUGAAGUCAUUGGGAAGCAGUGGGGCAUUGCUGAAGACAGGGCGGACUCCUGGGGAGCCCUGCUGCUGCUGCCACCUCAUUCCCUCCCCAGAUGGGGCCAUCGGAGACCUCCCUGAAAUCCACACAAAGCCGCCACUGUCUAGGCCGUGAGCAGCCUUGCAUGCCCGGCUCUGGGCCUGGGCCUGUGUCUGGGUGGAGUAAAAGCCAGCACUUCAGGCUGCGGUGCAGCCCAGACCCCCCUACCCACCCGACACUGCUGCCCCCAGCAGACCAAGCCUGAGGGAUCGUUAGCACCCUUUGCUGGACCUGGUCCCCGCUGCUUGGUGACCCCUAAGGAGGCGCUCUGUAUCCCCGCCCAUCUCUCACCACAUAAAUUAUUUAUAUGGAGAUGUUUAUUUUUGUAGUUUGGAUGUUAGCUAUGCUGAAAGUUUUAUUUUUAAAAGAGUGAAAUAUAUUCUAUGUGAGCUCA